AUGAAAGGGAACGCCCCCUGGACAGCCGAGGAGAACGACCGGCUAAGGGAGGCCGCCAGGAGGCACUCCCUCAAGCACUGGAAGCAGAUCGCGAGGAGCGUGCCCGGCCGCACUGCCGUGCAGUGCCUCCAACACUACAAGCAUGUCCUCCACCCCGGCAUUGAACGGGGCUCUUGGACCCCCGCGGAGGUAAUGAACCUGGUGGCAAUCCACGGGACAAAGUGGUCCAAGAUCGAGGCCGAGAUGCCGCGGCGUCUCGGGAAGCGAAUACGCGAAAGAUACGUGAAUCACCUGGACCCAAGCUUGAAACGGGGCGAGUGGACCGCGGAAGAGGAGCGCGUGUUGCUGGAGCGGUACGCCGAGAUAGGCCCCAAGUGGUCUCAGAUCUCCAAGCUGAUCCCGGGAAGGAGCUACAACUCCGUCAAGAACCAGUGGUCGGCCAUCAACCGUGGGAGGGGAGUGUCGAACCGCGGCAAGAGCAACGCCGCCAAUGCCAACGGCGACGGCGGCGGCGUCCACGUGCACGCAAACACCGGCGAAGGCGGCGUCGCGGAACACAUGAUCGGAGAGAUUGGCCACGACGGCGGCCUGAUCGGGCUUGACGGGAACAGCUUGGACGGGGUUGGCGGCGGCGGCGGCGGUGGCGGUGGCGGCGGCGGUGGCUUGUUGCCGGCCGCACAGGCGGUGACGAACGGGGACGGGCUCAACGAAAGUACUUGGUUGAGCCUGGGCGGGGGGCCGGUGGGGAACGGGGUCGUCACCGUUACCGGUGCCGAGGUUGACCACCCGGGAGCCGACCUCGUGAUCGAUGCCGGCAGCCGGGAUGACGGCGGGGGCGGCGACGCAGGAGGCGUUGGCGCGGUCGCUGGUGGCAUAGGCGGUGGUGGUGUUGUUGCUGCUGGGCAGCAUCCUGUACCGUGCGGGAGGGCGCCGCAUGACGUGGGGGGGGGUGAAGG